UAUGGUAUUAUGAACAAGUUAACUCAAGAGAUAUCAUAUACAGAGAGAGAAAGUAGCAUACUGAGCAACCACUCUCACUCACGUGCUGCCUUUUCUGCUUGCCAAGCAAUUCUUCCCCUCCUCCCUCAUUCUCUUCAAAAGCAACCAACUCCCAAAAGCUCAAAUUUAAUACUAAUUCCACUGCAAACUCGACUCCAGAAAGAGACGUAGAGAAUAAAGCAAAAGUAGCCAAAAGCGGUGGCCGCUGCCGUGGGCGGUGGUGGGCCUUACACUUUUUCACCCAGCUUCCCCAAAUUCUCCGGCAAACAAAACUCACCCCCAAUAAUGACCUCCGGACCCAUCACCACCUCCGCCUCCGCCGGCGCCCACCACCACUACUACCCCCCCUCCUCGUCCUCUUCGUCCUCCGCCUCCUUCCGCGGCUGCUGCUGCUGCCUCUUCCUCCUCUUCUCCUUCCUCGCACUCCUAAUCCUCGCCAUCGUGCUCGUCGUCGUCCUCGCCGUCAAACCCAAAAAGCCCGAAUUCGAGCUCCAGCAAGUCGGGGUCCAGUACCUGGGCAUCAGCCCCACCACCGCCUCCUCCGCCACCUUCUCCCUCAUCAUCCACAUGCUCUUCACCGCCACCAACGACAAUAAGGUGGGAAUCAAGUACCGCGAGUCCACAUUUACAAUCAUGUACCGCGGCAUACCCCUCGGCCGUGGCGUCGUUCCCGGGUUCUUCCAACCCGCCCACAGCGUCCGCCGAAUCGAGACCGCCAUCGUUGUUGACCGAGUCAACUUGCUGCAAGCCGAUGCCGCCGAUUUAUUAAGGGAUGCUUCAUUGAACGACCUGGUCGAGCUGCGAGUCGUCGGCGACGUCGGGGCUAAGAUCCGGAUUCUAGGUUUCACAUCACCAGGGGUGCAGGUAGCAUUGAAUUGUACAAUAGGGAUCAGUCCUAGAAAGCAAACCCUAAUAUACAAGGAGUGCGGAUUCGAUGGCUUCACCGUCUGACCCGACCCGACCUAACUCGACUCCGGACCAAACAAACUUGGCCCGGUCCCACUCCCCACUUCGCUUUUCUAUUUUUACUUUCUCUCAAUAUUAGAAAAAAAAAAAAAAACUAGAAAUGGAGAAUUUCACAAAAAGUGAAUUGUCAUCCCAC